AUGGCCUCAACAACACAAAUCAUGACAAGUGCGAAGCACGACUACCAAGUCUCGUAUAAAAUUGAGACACUCCCUUCCGAUGCAGAACUCAAACGUGCUAACAGGCUCAUUCCUCACAUUCUCGAGGAAAAGGCACGUGAAAAUCCUCAAAGCAUCAUAGCAAUGGUGGCCAAGUCAUCUGACAUAUCCGAGGGAUUCGAUCAGGUCAAUGCUGGACAGUUCUUGCGUGGUGUGGACUUCCUAGCUCAUUGGAUCGACUCUUAUAAGUCUGAAACUUCAUCGACGGAGACUUUCGCGUUUAUUGGAUCUCAGGACUUUCGCUAUCCGAUCAUUGAAAUUGCUUGUAUGAAAACUGGAAACCCUCUACUUUUACCAAGUACUCGAAAUGCAUUAGCAAACACAGUUUCAUUACUCAAGGCUACCAAAAGCACGAAACUUUUCUACACAUCUCAAUACUCGGAUUUUGCUGCACGAAUUUUAGAUGUACUUACAACUUUGGAAAAGCACGAAAUACCGACGCUACAGGAGAUAAUAACCACAAAAAGUGAGCCGUACCCCUACACGAAGAAUUGGGAUACCCAUAAAGAUGAGCUUGCAUUGAUUGCUCAUACAUCGGGUUCCACAAGUGCACCAAAGCCAAAGAAUUGCAGCCAUAGGUUCCUCAGUAGUUUCCUCCACAGCAGUGUAUUGUUACCUGAUGUACCUGGACGAGUAGUUGCAGGCUACAAGUGUAUAGAAAAAGACAAACUACUUUUGAGUGGGUGUGGCUUUGCUCAUGCAUCUGGAAUUGCCAUUGCAUUCUCAACGAUCAUCUUAGGUUCAAUCUUGGUUCGCGGCCCACCGAGGGAACCGUCUAGUGGGAAAAUACUUCAUGAUAUCAUGAAGGCUCUCCCAAUUCAUGGAAUAAUAGAGGUUCCAAGCGUUACAGAGCAAUUAUUCUUGAAUCACAGCGAGGGCCUCGAAGACGAAAUCGCUGCUUUGAAGCAUGUUUCCUGGGUUGGAGGUCCACUAUCACAGAAAACAGGCGACUUCAUUACCCGCAACACCGACGCAGUACUGUGGCAAAUUUUCGGGUCGACUGAAACCGCCCAAUUGCCACUUCUUGUACCACCCAAAUCACAUUGGCAGUAUCUCGAGUUCCACCCCCAAUUCUUACCAGAAUUAGAGCCAGUGAAUGAUGACUCUACGCUUUGCGAACUGAUCUUAAACAAAUACGAUGAUCCAGCUCUUGCUUGGGCUCAACCUGUCUUUCAGAUGGAACGUGAUCAGACUCAGUGGAGGACCAGGGAUAUUCUGCGUCGUUACGAAGGUUCGCUCCCCAAUGGAAUUGGUCCACUUUGGAAAUUUGAAAACCGAAUCGAUGAUCUUAUCAUCCUUUCUUAUGCAGCCAAAGUCAACCCUGUGCACAUUGAGACUCUACUACAGUCACACCCGUUAUUGAAUGGCUGUCUUGUCUUCGGAACGGGCAGAGCCCGUUGUGGGAUCUUAUUGGAACCGAAGGAGGAUUCAACAUUGACGGAGGAAGAUUUGAUAUCAAAGGUAUGGCCGGGAGUGCAAAAAGUUAAUGAUACGGUACCAACACAUGCUCGAGUUGAGCGACAUUUGGUUCUCGUGGCGAAGAAGGAUAAGAGAUUUGAGAGAGCUGCUAAGGGAACCCUCGUUAGAUCUAUUUGUACAAAUAUGUAUAAAGCUGAGAUUGACAGUGUAUACGCAGCGUUUGAGGCAAGGAACUACGGAUAUAGUAAAGCUGAUCUCAAGUUGCGAAUUUAG